AGCGGCUCAGCCAAAUGUGUAGUAUCAAGGGCACAGUUACGUUGCUGACGGGCUCUCGUAGGGUGUGAGUCUUAGCGCGAUCCCCUUGUUUGAAAGUACGCUCAGCGUUCACUUCAAACCUUGUCCAGAAAUGGUGACCCUGGAAGAAGUAGACAAGCUUAAAGUAAAUGAGUUGAAAGCCGCAUGUAAGGAGCUGGGUCUGGAGCAAACCGGAAACAAGGCCGACCUUGUCGCACGCCUGAAAGCAGCCCUAUCGCAGCAGCAAGCUGGUGGGCAAGAAACAGUUGGAGACGGCGUGGCGCCGGCGACGAUAGCAUUAGCAAAUAAGGACGGAAAGCAUGACGCAGCUGCGACAGCUGCAGUUGAGCCCAAUACCGUGGAGGCCACAGGACCAGAGGCGCCGUCCGUGCCCACUGCCGCUGCCGGCACAGCAGCGGCCGGUUCAGAGAAGUCUCGUGCACGGAUCGCCUUUUCGGACUCAGAGGCAGCGAAAUUUGAGGCCCUCAAGGUGCAAGUCGUCAACACAGCCCCUGUCGAGAAGCCAAAGCAGAUGACAGAAGCGGAGAAAAUUCGGCUACGGAAGGAGCGGUUCAAGGACCCGGAUAUGGAGCGGAAGAAGCAGCGUGCUCAACGGUUUAACCUGAUCGACGCGGACCUGGAGAAGGAGAAGAUGAUGAAGCGCGCUGAACGCUUUGGCACGAAGCACCCAGAGCUGGAGCAGAUAAAAAAGGAACAGAGGGCUGCGCGGUUUGGCAUUGUGGACGAGGAAACGAAGAAGAAACAACGCCUGGAGAAGUUUAAGCCGCUGUCCAACCCUGCCAAAGCAAACUUUAACCUGUCCGUCAAGCAGGACGACGACUUUGAGGCGAAGCGCCAGGCCCGUGCUGCGCGCUUCGCAGCGGCCGAAUGAAGUCUACAUGCCAGUUGUGCGGGCUGCGGAGGGGACGAGGUGAUUUGGUGGUCAACUUACAGCUCCGCGGCCUGAGUUUUGUCCUGGUCUCGUCUGCUCUCCUUGGUAGCGCUCUCCGGAAAUGGUGAAGCUCGCAGCCUGUCCCAAGCAGGCGACAUGGAGGGGGUUUUAUUGUGGACUUGGACCCCUGCUGGGUCAAACAUGUGUGCGGUGCGGAGCUGCCGACUGAAUCGCAGGCGUUGUGACGACUGGUACUUGUGCAUCACCCCCUGCGGCUCACCCCUGCGUGGGGUUGCAGCUCCGGCCAUGGUUUAUGCACCUUGCGCCUUGGAGGGUAAAGAUGGUCCGUCGGACCUACCACAAGGCUUUUGUGGCUGACCGUUUGCUCCGGGGUUGAACAGUUAUAUCGGCUUAUUGGUCGGCGAUUGAUCUGCUAGCUAGCUGCUGGCUUUUGGACCGUUUGCCACUGCCUGACGCCUCAUGCAGGCAGGGUUUAUAAGGACCGGGGAAGACAGCACGGCCAUGCUGUCUGUGUGAUGAAGGCGUGCGGGGGUUUGUGGAGCCAGCUUUGUACAUGGCUAAAUGACUUUUGCAUGGCUUGAUCUUUACCAAGCAGUUGCAUGACGCCCGCCACCCUGUCCAACCUGUCUGCCUUCACCCGCCAAUUUCUCACCACAUGCAUGUGUCCGUUUUUUGCCUACUGCUUUGCCGCGUCCCCUUGCAUCCUGCCACUCUAUUUGCUCUGCGUGCAACAAAGCAAUGUCCACUUCACGGAAGAAUAUUGCGAAUAUAUGCCCAAACCCGGAGAUUGCGGUAACGCAGCGUGUGGAGUAUCGACCUCCUGUGGUAAGUACGCUGUAAGUACUAUUUGGCUCUCUGGCCAGCCCUUGCUCACAAUUGCAUGGCAAAUGGCACGACCCCUUUUCAUUUCUGUGGCAUAUCCCAGGAACUGCAUGUCUGCCAAUGCAUUUGUCCAUGACGAGGGAUGUGGCCGUAUCUAUGGGGUUUGGUAUGGAGGUUCCAGUGUGUGUAAAGGUGGUGUCUUAUGGGCGCUUAGACGCGCUCACUUUGCAGCCCUGUUCGCACUCACUCAUGUACCGGCUUUUGCACUU